CAAUUAUUUUCUCCUAUUAUUCCAUUGCACCCAAACACGACCUCUCAAAGUCAAGGCCGAGUCAUCUCAAAUAAAAAUUUCCACGUCGCACAAAGCCCAUCUGUAACCUUCCUAUUGGUCAUAACAGUGUCAGGGAACGUGUUCGAUGUUGAAUGUCGAAGCGAAACCCUCCAUUGAGCUCUCAUCUGCUUCUCUGAUCAGAGCUAAAAGUCUUUGACAAAAAAGAAAAAAGAUCAGAACUAAAAUUCACAGAUCAACAGUAACAGUAGAACCCUAACCGUGGCUCCUUCAGCUCCACAACCCCCUUCUCGAAGGAAGCUCUCUUCGUCAUCGCACUCCUCCUCGCCUCCAAGGGCUACUCCCACGAGAAUCGUUUAUAGAGAACCGAUACCUUUCUGGCAGCAGAAUUGGUUCAUUGGGUUGCUUUUCGCUAUGGCUCUCGCCUUCUUUGGUCUCUCAAUCUUCCUCUUCCUCAAUCUUGAUUUUGAACAGGGCCCCUUUUCCUCCGCCUCCGCCUCUUCCUCCCCCUCUGAAGGCGUCAAGAUCACAUAUGGAACAGUUCUCAAGCUGAUGCAUGAGAGGACAAAAUUUCGGCUUCAUUCCCACGAAGUGCCAUAUGGCUCUGGUAGUGGGCAGCAAUCUGUUACAGGAUUCCCUGGUGUUGAUGAUUCCAAUAGCUAUUGGAUUGUUAGGCCUCAACUAGGCACAGAUGCCAAACAAGGUGAUGCCAUCAAAACUGGGACAAUCAUACGCCUGCAACACAUGAGAACUAGGAAAUGGCUGCAUAGCCAUUUGCAUUUAUCACCAAUAUCAGGCAACAUGGAGGUUAGCUGCUUUGGAGGAGAAAAUGAAUCUGACACUGGGGAUUACUGGAGGGUUCUGAUUGAAGGAAGUGGGAAGAUUUGGAAGCAAGAUCAAAGGAUUCGGCUGCAACAUGUUGACACUGAUGGCUACCUGCACAGUCAUGACAAGAAAUACCAACGGAUAGCUGGAGGGCAGCAAGAGGUUUGCGGUGUCCGCGAAAAGCGUGCUGAUAACAUUUGGCUGGCAGCAGAAGGCACGUACCUCCCUGUUACCCAGAGCUAGUAGAACAUGGUUAUCCUAUUGGGGUUUUAGUCUGCAAAAAAAGGGGUGCAUGGGUUUUGAAUUUUAGUGCUGGCUGGUACCUGUUAUUAGUUUUUGUAGUAGCUGUAGAUGCUCUAUUGAUUGAAGAAAUAUUUAUGAGAGACUCGGAGAUCAGCACUGGUACUUGUUUCCUUUUAUGCAUUGUAUGCAAAUCUCAUUUACCUGAAGAAAUUAACACUUUCAAUUAACAGUGAGCAGCAAUGCAACAUUUACAACUUUAUGCUCAUGCUGAGGUUUUGGCUAAUAAAAUAAGAAUCUUGGCCAUCA